CUUGCGAUCCAGGCGAGGAUUUUCUGGACCAGAUUGUCCAUGAUUUUCCGUCCGAGGAGUUGGGAAAUGGGAAAGGAGGGAUGACGAGCGAGGCAGUGCGGCAGCAAUGGCCGAGGCCGAGAAGAUCGCUAUCGAAACAGGGCCCGAGCAUUCGGCAGGAUCCCAUGGCCGGGCCCUUCUAUGUCCUUAUGAAUUUGAGGAUCCAGCUUUCCGUCGAGCUGGGCGGUUGCCCAAUCUGAGGUAUGGGGACCAAGUGAGGGCAGUGUGGGUAACUCGGUACGAUUUUGAAAGCGAUGUCGAUAUCAUCAAUAUUAUGCAGCGUUCAGCUCAAUCAGGUUUCAACACUGUUUUCUUUCAGGUCAGAGGCAAUGCAACUACAUACUAUCGAUCCAAAUUGGAACCGUGGUCGGAGACUUUUGAGUGGCAAAGCCCAGGGUAUGAUCCUCUCUCGCUGGCGAUACAAGAAGCCCAUGCACGCAACAUGUCUUUGCACGCCUGGAUCAACGUAAUGCCAAUGUGGAGAGGAUCAUCACCGCCAACUAACAAAGACCACAUGUACUGGUCUCACCCCGAGUGGAGCUGGUAUGACAAACAUGGUGAACGCCAGCCGUUGAAUAGGGGCUUCUAUGUUAGUUUAAACCCCUGCUUACCUGAGGCGAGGAAUCACAUUGUCAAAGUCUGUCGGGAGAUCGUUGCCUGCUACGAAGUUGAUGGACUUCACCUGGACUACAUACGAUUUCCUAAUGAACCACCUGUUGUGAAUGGCCAAGCGUACCCUCACGACAAGAGAACCCUUGAACUUUUUCAAUCCAAUACUGGUUUUACCGUCGAAGAGAGGCCAAAUCUUUGGGACCAGUGGCGAUCGGACUGUGUAACAGCUCUAGUGCGUGACGUUUGUCGUACGGCAAAGUCAAUUCGUCCACAAAUCGUCUUGACUGCUGCUGUCGGCGCUGAGCGACUGAACGCUCUCAGCCAUUUUCAAGAUGUCGAAACGUGGUGGAAAGAGAGACUACUUGAUGCAGUCGUCCCCAUGAACUACACUGGCUGCCACAGGACUUUUCGUCGGCGUGUAGAACGAGAGUGGCUGGUUAAAACCAAAGAGCAUCUUAUUCUUCCUAUCACUAGAAUGUUUUUCAGACAAGAAUUUUGGCCUGAUAACCAUAAGAGACACGGCCCAGCGCAGCUGGUCAGUGAUGACUCAAGAGUCGGAUGGUCUCGUCCUCCGGAGCCCGCAAUAGUGAUGGGCACGAGUGUUGAGUUUGGUGACAGUAGACUUCUUCAAAAGCAACUGGCUUUAGCUCUACAGCGAUUUGGCCAUUUCUCUGUCUUUUCGUACGCAAGUUUAUUUGAUCAGAGAACUGAUGGGGAAAGAUUGCAACCUUUGCUUGUGUUUCUACGGAUUCUCGCCGAUGCGUCAGAGAUCUCUGUACGAAAUUUGGGUAUACCAAUCGUACAUCCUUUCAGAGAUAGAAACACACAUGCACAUCCAGAAGAGGCAGGUCCAUACGACCAGAUUCAGAUAUCUCAACAGUUUGGAUUCAAUGCUCCAGUUGUAGCCCUUCAGCCUGCUGUAUUAAUUUGGAGAAGUCGGAGAAAAGGAAAGCGUUUUAACACAGGCGAGGAUGGGAACAAAAAAAUUUCUUACCGGAGAACAGGCCGCAGAAGACUUCUUGUUAAGGAUAGAAAUAGAAGAGGCAUGAGUGAAGAGAAACAUGAUUCAUAUGAGUCUAAUCUAAAUAGUUUACUAGAAAGAGGAACUGAGUCGGAGGAGAGUAAUGGUCUACUGGUGGCGAACAACUGGGAAGUUGUCAGAAUGUCAGAGGCAACAAUGAGAGAAGAAGAAGAGAAUAAUCCUUUUACUGCCGGACACGGACUGAUGAAGGACCUCCGAGGAGGAUCUUCUUUCAGAAGAAGCGAGGCUGGGAUGUUUGCCCCACCUGUCAGUCCACUAUGCACGGUCUCAGCUUCCCAUAUAUUAUCGCAUUCAUGUAAGUUCCACUUGGAGGGCCCCGUCACAGAUUUGUCCACAAAAGCAGGAAUAGUGCUCAAGAAUAUCGGGAAAGCAGUUUGGAGCAGGUUGGAACGAAGCAAACUGUAAGCCUGCAGAAGUGGCGGAAGCCUAUUUGCCUUGAGUAUGAUCCUAAAUAAGUAUGAAACUAGCAAGGAAAUAAUUGAUACGUCAGUAGGUUCGAGUGUACAGCAAAGUUGUCAUCUUUUGUCCCCUUUGGAGGGUCAACACGAACAUUCAAACGCACGUCUUAAUUAACAAAUUUUGCUUUCACUAUGCU